AUGCCUAUCUCAGUUCCCAAAAGAUUCAUGUCCACUUUUAGAAAAAUACCUAAGCUGUCGAGUUUCACGGCGUCAAUUCCGGCCGAUAGUAUGAUCAAUUCGGUCGAACUUGCAAAGGAAAAUGCCAAAGAUAUUAUCCGUACGCCUCGAAUCCUCAAAGAUGGUGGAUUUUCAUGGUCGUUACCGGAACCCCGAAAAGACUAUGAAUAUUUUUCAUCCUCGCAACAGGCCCUCAAAGAUUUGGGCCUUCCUGAAAACGAGCCUGAGAGCGAAGAGUACAGAAAAAUUGUAAGUGGCCAAUUCUACGAAGGCAAUGACUUCGAAAAGGACGGAUUUCCCUUUCCAUAUGCCCAGGCUUAUGCUGGUUGGCAAUUUGGUCAAUUCGCAGGCCAGUUAGGUGAUGGAAGGGUACAUAACUUAUUUGAGGUGCCCAAGGCAACAGCCGAAUCAAAGCGCUUUGCAAAUCGAUCAAAGUAUGAAGUUCAAUUGAAGGGUUCAGGCAAAACUCCAUUUUCAAGAUUUGCCGAUGGAAAGGCGGUUCUCAGAUCUUCUAUUCGCGAGUAUAUCAUCUCUGAGCAUCUUAAUAGUAUCAAUAUCCCUACCACAAGAGCUCUUUCUAUCACAUACCUCCCCAAGACAUACGCUGUGAGACAUGCAGCCGAAAAAUGUGCUAUCGUCUCUCGUUUUGCAGAGCUGUGGAUUCGAUGCGGCUCCUUCGAUUUGUACAGAUGGCGUUCUGAUAUUAGUGGUGCCAAAAGACUCGCUAGCUAUGUUAUCAACGAAUUGUUCACUAUGGAAAAUGGUGAUCGGUUUCCAUACCUUACUGAGCUUGAACAGAUUCGGCCUUCUCUUUUCGUUGAUGUUGAAGCUAAAUUUGGAGGUCUCACUGAUUUUGAUAGAAUGUAUUUGGAGACUAUCACCAGAACUGCCACCACAGGUGCAAUGUGGCAAUGUUAUGGGUUCUUGAACGGCGUUUUAAACACGGAUAAUACGUCAAUUUUAGGUCUCUCUAUGGAUUUUGGACCAUUUUCAAUAAUGGAUCAAUUUGAUCCAAAAUACUCCCCAAAUUCCGAGGAUCAUCAAUUGAGGUACAGUUAUGAAAACACUCCAACUGCAUUAUGGUGGAACAUGACAAGACUUGGUGAAGAUUUGGCUCAUUUGAUUGGAGCAGGUCCUGAACUCAUUGAUGAGCCUGCUCUACUUUCAGGAAACUUUGGAAACGAUUGGGAAGAACGAAUUAUAAAGAGAGCAACAAACAUUAUUGAAUUUGGUGGGGAACUUUACAAGUACGCUUUCACAAAAAAGUAUGUGGAGACAUUUUUCGCUCGACUCGGAUUAUCGAAGCUGCUAGUGGACGUCGAAGAUCCAGACAUUCAAAACGACAAGAUAAUUGUCCCCAUGCUUUCGAUGUUCAAAGAAGCCAGAUGCGACUUCAAUAAAUUUUUUAUCACUUUGCAUCAUGCUGACAUAAGUUCAUCCGCAUUUGACCUGAAUGCUUUUGCAGAUUCUGUCUUACUCAAAGAUGUCGACGAGCAUGACAACUACGACCGUGAUUCAUUGAAAAUUCUUGUCAAAAAUUGGAUAGAUACCUACAAAUCCUAUGUGGAUAAUAAUGGUUUAGACCGCGAGCUCAGUGCUCAGACAAAUCCUUUGUUCCUCCCGCGUGGUUGGAUUCUCGAAGAAGUUGUCGAUUUUACGAAAGACUCACAAGGAGAAGAUUUGCUGUACCUCCACAAAUUGGAAAAAAUGGCUUUCAAUCCAUUUGACCCCUCUAAAUGGGGAGAUGAGUUGAAGCCUCUUGAAAAACGUUGGAUGGUACAGGGCGAGAGAAGUGACGAUUACACAAUGUUGAAGUGCAGCUGUGCAUCAUAA